AUGACCAAAAAAUGGAAAUUGGUAGAAAUUUCAUUAUUGAAAACAAAUGUUUGUAUGCAUUUUGAUUAAAAUUUGAUUGGAGUUGGGUAUUAUGAAGAAGAUGGAUAAAAAUGGAUAAUGGAUUGA